CGCCAUCGCUAUACGCCAGACCAACUCAGCAUGUUGGAAGCAUCGUUUGCACAAAGCUGUAGACCAUCCAGGGAAGAGAAGCGUCGCUUAGCAGAAAGAUUAAAUGUUCAAGUAAACAAGAUCCAGAUAUGGUUUCAGAACCGUCGAGCUCAAUGUAAACGU